GGUCAGGUACCUUUGAAUGAGUUGUCAAUGUUGUUGGGGUAAUCAUUAUAACAAGACUUUUUUUCAUUCUUUUUUAAUUAUUAUUCUAAUAAUCUGUUUGUGUAAUCUGUUUUAUUAUUUUACAUUUAUUUUAGACAACAAUAAUGGAUUACACGUUGAAUGUAACAUAUAUAACUCUUAGUGGGCUUGUAGAAGUGCACAAAUACAGAUUUGUUUAUUUUUUGGUUUUGUUUACAGUAUACAUUUUAAUAAUUUGCAGUAAUUCUACAGUUCUGUACCUUAUCUGUAUCCACAAAAACCUCCACGAGCCUAUGUACAUUUUCAUUGCAGCUUUGCUACUGAACUGUGUUUUUUACAGCACUUCUAUUUACCCAAAGCUUCUGAUAGAUGUUUUAUCUGAAAAACAGAUCAUAUCAUAUCCAGUCUGUCUCUUUCAAUUUUUCAUGUUUUACUACACUGGCAGUUCAGAGUUCUUACUGUUGUCAGCCAUGUCCUAUGACAGGUAUGUGUCUAUAUGUAAACCUCUGCAGUAUCCAACCAUCAUGACAAAAACUACAGUGAGUAUUUUCCUGGUUUUAUCUUGGCUUGUACCUGCUUGUCAUAUUGCAAUCCUAGCAAUACUGAGUGCUGAAACUAAACUGUGUAACUUUACUUUAAAAGCAAUAUUUUGUAACAAUGCAAUUUACAGACUCCAGUGUGUACAAUCAAAAGUAAUUACUAUACAGGGUGUGGUUGCUUUAUUAGAUCUUGUAAUUCUCCCCAUGCUUUUCAUAAUUUGUACAUACACAAGGAUACUUAUAUCAUCUUACCGAAGUUGUAGAGAAGUCAGGAAAAAAGCAGCAGAGACCUGUUUACCCCAUUUGUUGGUUUUAAUCAGUUUCUCCUGUUUAAGUGCAUAUGAUGUCAGUAUAGCUCGGGUGGAAUCAAAUCUUCCAAAAACGGCACGAUUAAUAAUGAUGUUACAAAUAGUUUUAUAUCAUCCUUUGUUUAACCCACUUAUAUAUGGCUUCAAAAUGAAAGAAAUUUCGAAACACCUCAAAAGGUUGUUCCGUCCAGCCAAAAUAAUUUGAUGUAAUAACACUGAUUUAUAAGGUACAGUCAUUUCUUCAGAAAUUAUUAUGCAGACAGGUCAAUUCUGUGUGUAAAGUGUUUAAUGAACGCACUUAUUUUCAUAAAAAUUAGUUUGUAUAUGAAAAGGAAUAAUAUGGUUUUACUUACCAACUUACCAACCAACCAUUUUUACUAGCUACGUAUCUGCUUACCUGUAAAUGAUCCUAUACCUGAUGUCAUAUUGUGUUUGUAUUUUCACUUUCAAACUUUGCCAUUUAAAAGUCAAAUGCCAACUGUACUUGACUGUUCAAGGAAAUGAUACUGUUAAGCAUUUAAAGUAAGAUAAAGUAAGUUUGUAAUAUAAUAAAUUAUAUUAAUGCAGAUGGCUACUGUGUUAAAACAGCACUGACAGUGUGGACAUGCCUGUGUUCCAUGUGUGAACAUGUGCACUUGUAACAAUGAUAAUUUGUCUUCCACUGCUACACACGCAAACUCGGGAAAAAGUCAUUAUUUUUGUCACAGCUCUAAUGUUCCUUAUUUACUGGCACUAUCACUAAAACCUCUGACCAUCACAGUCAAAAUAGAAGGAGAAGAAAACAGUAUAACAAGAUAUUUGCCAGGAACAAUGGCAAGGCAAAGCUUUGAACUUUGUUUGAAAGCCUUGUGUUCAAACCAUUGAAGUGAUCUAAUCUACUGGAAAUAAGGAAGUGGAUAAGAUUUUCUAAAUCUUGCUUGGACUUCCCCUGAUUCUAGCAACAUAUUUUGGAUGGUAGCAAACAAAUUAAGUGACAGAUAAGAUGAGACCAAGAUGACUCCAACAUUUCUGGCUUGACUCUUAGAGAUGAGAGACAGGGAAUUAAGGUGAGAGUCGAUAUUCUCUUUAUAUCUGUGCUCCAAAGACAGUUAUCUCUUUCUUUUUCUCUAGUAUAAGUGAUAAGUGAAAUGUAGAUUUAGGUGCAUAAUUAUGGUAAAUUACUUUAUAAUUUUGAAUAAUUUGCCCUAAAGGCAAAUUAUAGGAUUAAACAAGAGAGGUCCUAAGAUGUGGAACCCCACAACAGUUACUGGAUACUAAGUUCUUUCUGUCAUGAAAGUAUGACUUGAACAACUUAAAUGGUUACCUUCCGAUUAGGGAACGACCCGCUCUGCCUCUGGGCCACAGCUGCCCCAGGACAGUUUCAGAGAGUCCCACCCAGUUUUCCAAUCUCAGCAACAGAAUUUUAUGGUCCACUUUGUCAAAAGAUACGAUCUAACGAUACCAAGACAAAGACUUUGCCAAAGUCGUUGUUCAAGCAAAUGUAAUUUAGCACCUAGUGCAGUGAUGGGGCCGAAAUCCUGACAAAAAGUUAUCAACUGUAAAAAAUGACUAUGUUAUUAUUGAAGAACUUUUUGAAUGACUUUAGCUAAAACCAAUAAGUUUGAUAUAGGCUGAUGGUUACUCAGAACUGUGGCAUAAAGAUUGUUCUUUAGAAGAGGCUUAAUAACUUGCCUGCCUGUCAGCCAGGUCUCGUCCCUGGAAUUUCCUCUACAUGGAUUCAUUCUCCCCUAUUUCAAAUCUUAUCUGUCAAGUGCCUACAUUUGAGUUCAACCUUCAGUUCAGGGGUAGUAGUAUAGGGAACAAACUUCAAACUGGGGCUGUGCAGGAUGGCUGGCUUUAUUGUUGGCUUGUGGAGAUGUGUCCCUUGCUCUGGACUCCCCAUUACACAUUACAAUCUGUCACAAUAAAUAACAUUGUGUAACUUAGUGAGUCCUGUCUCCUUUAGUGUGUGUAAAGUGGAUUGUGACACUGACAGAUAUAUGAUUUGCUGUCAUUAGUCUGUAAAUUCAGCAUUCAGGUUUGAGUUGUGGUGAUUGUUUCAUGUACUUACCAUGAGUAACAAACAUAACCUAUCUAUGUGUUUAAAUAGAGACACAGUCACGCAGUUGUUUAGGAGUGGCCUUCCAAAAUUGCUGUACACAGUUUUCGAAAUGCAGAGGUCCAAAAACUUAAUUUGCAAGUGGCAUGCAUCAAAGUAGUUUUUUUUAAACAAUUAUCUCACAACUUUUAUCGUAUACCCCUGGUGAUAUACUGGUGACUAUAGUGAUGAGUAUGGCCAUGAUCACCAGAGGUGGUGGUACUUAAUAAGUAGCAAAGGUACUCAUUGGCAAAUAUCAGUGCUGGUACUCAGUACUGCCCAUUUCAGGCACACGCUCAUGUAAACAAAGUUUAAAACCUGUUGAUUCAGGCCUCCAGAGUUUGAUGAAGUUGUUCACAUAGCAGUUCUUUGUGGAGGAGUUAAUGAGAUCCAUGGAGGGUGAAGAAGUCUCUUCUCUCCGUUUAUUUAAUUUCUUAUUUAUUUUAAUAGUUUAAUUUGUGACAUUCUUCAUGGAUGAUGAACUUAAUGUAACAUACAUAACUCUUGAUGGGUAUGUGGAAGUGGACAAAUACAGAUAUUUGUAUGUUUUCAUUAUGUUUACAGUAUAUAUUCUAAUAAACGUGAAAUUGACCCUUGA